UGAGGGCUCGAGCUCGGUUUUGCGUGGGGGGCCUCAAAGUCAAGGUCAAGGUCCCCGCACGCAAGCGAGCGAACCUCGACGGGGAAUGACCAGCGUGGGCACCAAAGAUUCCAUUUCCAUGUUCCUCAGCCUCGUCCGAGUCAACGUCCCUCCCACCAAUGACUCAGAACUUUGAUAUUUCCCCCACCAACAGCCUUCUUAGACCGAAUCUUUUGGCGACGGGUGAAUGACGACUUUCCAAACACAACUGCUGCGAUCUGCCAGAUCAAUACCACUGACGCCGGGUCCAAGAGCAUUCAAUUUAAUUACAGCAACAAGAAUAGCAACAUUUGGAAACACCCGCAAUUUCUCGAUAACUGCUCGGCGCAGAACAGAAGAAGACGACGAGAUGGCUCCCAAAGGACAAAAGUUUGAGUUAAAAACUCCGAAGGGCACGAAGGAUUGGGAGGGAAAGGAUAUGGUAAUUCGAGACAAGAUCUUCUCGACCAUCACGGACGUUUUCAAGCGUCACGGAGCAGUGACAAUCGACACGCCAGUAUUUGAACUGAAAGAAAUUCUGUCUGGGAAAUAUGGUGAGGACAGUAAACUCAUCUACGACCUCGCGGACCAGGGUGGAGAGAUCUGCUCACUGAGAUACGACUUGACCGUACCAUUUGCAAGAUGGCUGGCCAUGAACAGAGACGUCCAAAAUAUCAAGAGAUACCACAUCGCAAAAGUUUACAGACGAGAUCAACCGGCCAUGACCAAGGGACGCAUGCGAGAAUUCUACCAAUGCGACUUUGACAUUGCGGGCACUUACGAUCCUAUGCUACCAGACGCAGAGGUUAUUCGGAUUACGACUGAAGUCUUUGAGGGAUUAGGUUGGAAGGGAGCAUACACAAUCAAGCUGAAUCACCGCAAAAUCCUCGAUGGUAUCUUUGAGGUAUGUGGAGUACCAACAGAUAAAAUACGGACCAUUUCAUCUGCGGUCGACAAGCUGGAUAAGUUACCGUGGCUGGAAGUACGCAAAGAAAUGACCGAAGAGAAAGGCCUCGCACCAGACAUCGCUGACAAGAUUGGCGAAUAUGUGGUCCUGAAGGGCCAAAAGGAUCUGCUCGCGAGACUCAAGGCAGAUGAGAAGCUUGCGGCAAAUGAGUCUAUGAAGGCAGGAAUUGCGGAUCUGGAACUGCUCUUUGAGUAUCUGGAAGCUUUUAGAGCUCUGGACAAUGUCUCCUUUGACUUAAGUCUAGCACGUGGGUUGGACUACUACACUGGUCUCAUCUACGAGGUUGUUACAGAAGGAUCAGCCGGCUCCGUACCAGUCGCAACUACAUCAACUGCUCCAGCAGCACCACCCAAAUCCUCGAAGAAGCCGUCCAAAGAAGGAGCCGAUGCUGACGAGGAUCGGUCGUCGGAUCCUAGCGUUGGUGUAGGCAGUGUAGCAGCAGGCGGACGGUAUGACAAGCUGGUGGGCAUGUUCUCUGGCAAAAACCAGAUUCCUUGCGUGGGUAUCUCCUUCGGUGUUGACAGAAUCUUCUCGAUCACCAAGGCUCGGAUGGCCGCAGAGAAGAAUGCGGUGCAGGUACGAAACAACGAAGUCGAUGUUUUCGUGAUGGCUUUUGGAGGGAAGGGAUUUACUGGGCUGUUGAAGGAGAGAAUGGAUAUCUGCUCUAGAUUAUGGGAGGCCGGAAUCAAGGCCGAGUUCCUCUACAAAGUCAAGCCAAAACUACCCAACCAGUUCAGGGCCGCGGAGGUCAACGGCGUACCCUUCACAAUCGUCAUCGGCGAAGACGAAGUUGCGCAAGGAAAAGUCAAGGUCAAGGAGAUGGGCCUACGGGAUGGCCACCCCGAGAAAGAAGGCAUUUUGGUCGACCUGGUUGAUGUUGUAGCGGAGGUCAAGCAGAGACUGAGACGGAAAGCAGAUCUUGAGGGUUUAUUCCGAGAGGCAGAGGGACUGAGAGUAGUUGAUGGCAUUAAGGGCGAUGCAGAGAAACUUCUGCCUCCAGAACCUACCGCAUCAGUAGCAGAGCUUGAGAAGCAAGCCGAGACUACUGCUGUACCGGAUCCAGAGAAGCCAGCUGAAGAGACUCCUGCGUCACAAGAAGCGAUUGGAGCAGUUCCAGCAUCUUAAUCAGAACAUUGUAACUGAAUAAGAAGAUCAAUACUUUCGAAAUGUAAAAGUAGAUGAGAUUAGCAUAUGAGAGCAGUGCAUGGACUCGAGGCGUUGAGGAUAGCUAGAUGGGCGGAAGCGAUAUGGUGAGUGUGUCGCAAGGAAAUGAUACCUAGAGGAAAGCUUGAGCCAAGCGGAGAUAGAGCAAAGCGGUGAAAAUUCUUCAUGAUUUUCUAAAUGACGUGUGGCAUCGGACUCCGAAUCGUCAGCUUACCAUCCAAGCUAUUUCAUUGUCCUAGAUCAGAGACCAAACGAUCUCAAAUUCUCAAAUUCCUUAACGUCCAAGCUGUAAUUAGACAACAACAACAACACAAGUCACUGAAUCGAAAGGAAAAAUCCCAGAGUGCGGAUCCUUAAUUCAUCUAUAUAUCAUUCCAAAUUAUCGCUAUGAUGGCCUAAGAAGAGAGACAACCAGACGCCGUGCUAGAAUGCCAAUCUGCAAAUCAAAGUUAAGACUCUCAAGUCCAACCAAAAUGACGUCUCUAAUCCACCACAAGUUAUGCUGUCGCUUCGAUGAAGUCAAUACCCCCAUGUAGUCCAUCCGUAUGCCAUUGAAACGCCAAUAACGCCAUGUACCAGCAAAGCAUGUCUGAAUCAAGGUUUUCCGUUCUAAGCACCAAUAUGCCUCCCUCAGAUACAUCCUCACUCCUCCAUGUAGUAAGUCACCAAAAUCCACGAGCAGGGCUAUGCUUUCAUGCCCGUUCCUGAGUCUUCUAGGAAGUCCCAAUCCAUUCCAUACCUCAAGAACUCAUCAAACAGUAUUAUCAUGGUAAUAGAAAUCAAUAUCUCUCGGUCUCCUUCUGUUAUUUGCAACAAAAGACUGGUCGCCCUCAGGUCUCUCGUUCUUCGUAUUACCCGUCAGCAUGCUCUGUAGGGACAUGCAUAUGCUCUCUACGUUCUGAACGGGACUCCAGCCUUGCUGCCCGAGGAGGUCGAGGCAGAUGAUACCGUUGGAGUAGAUGUGUGGGUGCAUGGGAAUAGGUCGGUCGGGUGUUUGCAUGAAUGUUACUUCUGGUGGCUCUGUAAGACAGUAAAAUGUGUUAGCUAGGCCCAAGUGGUGAUCUGAACUCGAUUGCUGUGGGGAAAAGUGCGAUGGAGGGGUCUGAUGCGGGGAUCGCUUGACGCAUUUGCUCAAGCAGAUGCCUCCCUCCCUCCCGAGAACGUGGGAUGGAACAUACCAAUUGGGUAUUGAGGACUGAACUUGAAUUUUAGGCGGAAGACCUUGUUCAUGUAAAGUGGGUUUGCGUCGAGGACUUUAAUGUCAAGUUGCCAUUCCUGGAAGCCUUCCGCCGUCACCAGCUCGAUUCCUGGAGGUAGCGUGCCGUGAAUCUGAAUAUAGCAGUUACUAUGCGGUACUGAUGUAAUCUCGUGGAGAAAUUUCUACCUUUGACAGUUCCUUCGACAGGCGUUUCGUUGCGAAGCUCAUUCUCGCUCGUUGCUCAGAUCUUUGGAUUUGGCCUUGGGUCGUUGCUCGAGGCUGUGGGUCUGUUUUUCCCACACCGAAAGUACCGUAGCUUCUUUAUCUCUUGCAAAGAGGUCAGGGAAUCUCGAGAAGGAAUCUAGUUAGAAAGUGGCAGAUUUAAUGGAGUUGAGAUGCCGGCUCUUUAUGGUAGAGGCAGUGGAAAUAUUUCACAAGUGGUCCCGUAGUGUAGUGUAGGCAGGUAAGGUAAAGAAAGGUUGCGGAGGGGCGAGGCAGGCCAGGCAAGAGCUUAACCUUAUCGAUAGGCGGCGGGCACUUAAGCAAGGAGGGAUGGAUUCUUAUAAUAGAACUUCAAAUCAAGCUGUUGCACAAGUGCCAUGUAUUUGGUCAGUAACCUUGAUGGCACCAAUACCCUAGACUGUGAAUAGCCUCAAUGAUGCAAUGUAUUUUACAUGUAGUUCCACAGACCAAAAUCAAGCGCUGAAUGGAGAGAUGGAAAUGUCAAAGAAACGCAUUCCACGUGAUGAUCAACAAGCCCCUGAGCGCUCAGCCACUGCCCCUCCCCUCAUAAGGUGGGUAGGUAGGUAACGAAGUGCCUGAAGC